AUGAACAACAACCCCACCAACGUGAUCCUUGGAGGCAAGGAGUACGACACCUUCACCGAGCCUCCGGCCCAGAUGGAGCUGGAGCGAGCCAAGACACAAUUCAAGGUCCGAGACGUGACCAACUUCCUCACAGGCAGCGAGCAGGAGACACUGCUGACCGAGCGAAUCAUGCGGGAGAUUGAGCGAGAUCCCGUUCUCAACGUCGCCGGCGACUACGACGCCGAUCUUCCCACCAAGCGACGACAAGCUGUUGAGCGAAUCGGGGCUCUGGCCCGAUACCUGCCCAAGGAUUCCGAGAAGGAGGCCAUUUUGCGAGGCCAGCUGCAUGGUAUUGUGGACAUGGGUACCCGAACCCGAAUCGCCGUUCACUACGGUCUGUUUAUGGGCGCCAUUCGUGGCUCAGGAACCAAGGAGCAGUACGAUUACUGGGUCGCCAAGGGCGCCGCUACUCUGCACAAAUUCUAUGGCUGCUUUGCCAUGACUGAGCUGGGUCACGGAUCUAACGUGGCCGGUCUCGAGACCACCGCCACCCUUGAUAAGGACACCGACGAGUUCAUCAUCAACACCCCCAACUCGGGAGCCACAAAGUGGUGGAUUGGAGGAGCUGCCCACUCUGCUACCCACACGGCUUGUCUUGCCCGACUCAUUGUUGAUGGCAAGGACUAUGGUGUUAAGAUCUUCAUUGUUCAGCUGCGAGACCUCAACUCCCACUCUCUACUCAACGGUAUUGCCAUUGGAGAUAUCGGCAAGAAGAUGGGCCGAGAUGCCAUUGAUAAUGGUUGGAUCCAGUUCACAGACGUCCGAAUUCCCCGACAGAACAUGCUCAUGCGAUACGACCGGGUGUCUCGAGACGGCGAGGUUACCACCUCCGAGCUUGCCCAGCUCACCUACGGAGCACUUCUGUCUGGCCGAGUGACCAUGAUUGCCGAGUCUCACCUCCUGUCUGCUCGGUUCCUCACCAUUGCUCUUCGGUACGCCUGUAUCCGUCGACAGUUCGGAGCUGUGCCUGACAAGCCCGAGACUAAGCUCAUCGACUACCCCUACCACCAACGACGUCUGCUGCCUCUUCUGGCCUACACCUACGCCAUGAAGAUGGGCGCCGACGAGGCCCAGCAGCAGUACAACUCCUCCUUUGGCGCUCUUCUCAAGCUCAACCCCGUCAAGGACGCUGAGAAGUUUGCUGUCGCCACUGCCGACCUCAAGGCUCUGUUUGCCUCUUCUGCCGGAAUGAAGGCCUUCACCACCUGGGCUGCCGCCAAGAUCAUUGACGAGUGCCGACAGGCCUGUGGUGGCCAUGGCUACUCCGGCUACAACGGUUUCGGUCAGGCUUACGCCGACUGGGUCGUCCAAUGCACUUGGGAGGGUGACAACAACGUGCUGUGUCUGUCCAUGGGUCGAUCGCUCAUCCAGUCGUGCAUUGCCAUGAGAAAGAAGAAGGGCCAUGUCGGCAAGUCGGUCGAGUACCUGCAGCGACGAGACGAGCUGCAGAAUGCCCGAGUUGACAACAAGCCUCUCACUGACCCUGCUGUGCUCAUCACUGCAUGGGAGAAGGUUGCCUGCGAGGCCAUCAACAGAGCCACUGACUCCUUCAUCAAGCUCACCCAGGAGGGUCUGUCUCCUGACCAGGCCUUUGAGGAGCUGUCUCAACAGAGAUUUGAGUGUGCGCGAAUCCACACCCGAAAGCAUCUGAUCACCUCGUUCUACGCUCGAAUCUCCAAGGCCAAGGCCCGAGUCAAGCCCCACCUUACUGUUCUUGCCAACCUCUUUGCCGUCUGGUCCAUCGAGGAGGACUCUGGUCUCUUCCUUCGGGAGGGCUGCUUCGAGCCUGCCGAGAUGGACGAGAUCACCGCUCUGGUCGACGAGCUGUGCUGCGAGGCUCGAGAGCAGGUCAUUGGAUUCACCGACGCCUUCAACCUGUCCGACUUCUUCAUUAACGCCCCCAUUGGCCGAUUCGACGGAGACGCCUACAAGCACUACAUGGACGAGGUCAAGGCUGCCAACAACCCUCGUAACACCCAUGCUCCUUACUACGAGACCAAGCUGCGACCCUUCCUGUUCCGACCCGAUGAGGACGAGGAGAUUUGCGACCUGGACGAGUAG